AUGCACUUCUCUGCACCCGAAUGCCUAUGUAAUAUCAAAUACGAUGCUCCUAAAGCUGAUAUCUGGUCAUUAGGCAUUAUUUUAUACUAUUUAAUUGUUGGGAAGACUCCAUGGACUUCAAAUGAUCGAAAUAUAAUGAUGAAACAGAUUGUCUCGGGAUAUGUAUUCAUUCCUGAAUACUUAAUACGAUCAGAAAUCGAUUUACUCCGUCAAAUAUUGAAGGUUAAUCCAACAGAAAGAAUUUCGACAGAAAGUAUUCUUUUCCAUCCAUUCAUGACGAUACGACGUUCUUCAACCCAAAUAAGGCCGAAAUCAAAAACUCCGAUCUCUUUGCCUUCAAUUCGGUCUUCUCACAAGAUUUUCUCGCCAUCGGUGAAGCAGUAUACUUUCGAAUGA